AUGGGCGCCACUUCAAUUUCCCCCACCUUCCUCUAUGCUUAUCUUCUUCUUUUUCUUCUUUUUCUAUGCCAUGUAUGCUCUUUGAAGGAGGGCUAUGCCUUUGGACGAAGAGAAACUGCAGAGAGCCACCGACUUCAGCACAGUCAUACCAUCCAAGUCAGCUCUCUUCUACCCUCCUCUUUUUGCAACCCUUCUGCCAAAGCUUUGGACAAAAAGUCAUCUUCAGCGGUUGUCCACAAGUAUGGCCCAUGCUUUCAGCUCCAUCGGGAUAAAGCAAAUAUUCCCAUUCACGCCGAGAUCCUCCUCCACGACGAAGCCCGAGUCAAGUCAAUUCACUCAAAACUUGCCAAGAAUCCAGUCUCCAGCAAUGUCGACGAGACUGAUGCAACCAGUCUCCCUGCCAAGGAUGGUAUCGUGGUGGGAUCAGGUAAUUACAUAGUUACCGUUGGCCUUGGCAACCCAAAGAAAGAUUUAUCUCUCAUAUUUGAUACUGGGAGUGACAUCACAUCACAAUGCCAGCCCUGCGCAAGAUCUUGCUACAAACAGCAGGAUCCAAUUUUUUCGCCCUCUCUAUCCUCAACAUAUUCCAAAAUUUCAUGCACCUCAAUAGUGUGCAGUUCACUGACUUCUGCAACAGGUAACUCACCUGGCUGCUCAUCAUCUGCUUGUGUCUAUGGCAUCCAAUAUGGAGACUCGUCUUUCUCAGUUGGAUUCUUUGCUAAAGAAUCGCUCACCUUGACAUCAACUGAUGUGUUCCAUAACUUUCUAUUUGGUUGUGGCCAAAACAAUCAAGGUCUUUUUGGAGGCUCAGCAGGUUUGCUAGGACUUGGCCGGAAUAAAUUAUCUUUGCCUUCACAAGCCGCCUUAAAAUACAAGAAAUUCUUCUCCUACUGCUUGCCAUCAUCCGCCAGCUCAACUGGUUUCCUCACUUUUGGCUACGGUGGCCUCUCAAAAUCCGUAAAAUUCACAACAUUGUCCACAAUAUUCCAAGGUUCAUCCUUCUACGGUAUUGACAUUACUGGAAUAAGCCUUGCUGGCCAAAAACUAUCAAUCUCAGCAUCUGUUUUCACCACUGCUGGCGCGAUCAUUGGCUCUGGAACUGUCAUCACGCGGUUGCCACCAACUGCUUAUGUGGCACUGAGGUCUGCAUUUCGAAAACGGAUGAGGCGAUAUCCAAUGGCACAACCACUUUCAAUCCUGGACACAUGUUAUGACUUUAGCAAAUAUUCUUCAGUUAUCGUUCCCAAGAUAAGCUUCUUCUUCAGCAGGGGUGUUGAGGUUCCGAUCGAUGCAAAGGUAGUUUUGUACGUUAAUAGUAUCUCGCAAGUGUGCCUAGCGUUUGCCGGAAACAGUGAUGACACAGAUGUAGCGAUCUUUGGGAAUACACAGCAGAAGACAUUGCAAGUGGUAUACGAUGGUGCUGAAGGGAGGAUUGGGUUUGCUACAAGGGGCUGCACUUAAGCUAAUUUAGACAAUCUUCAAUUUAGCUGUCAAAUCACAAUUCUUAUGAUAGCAAGAAUGGUUUAAGAUUGAAAUAAUUGAUAUACUAGUGAAACUUAUCAGUACUCCGUAAGUGGAGUACAUAUUAGUUCAAGAACUUUUCUGCUAC